AUGGGAAUGUAAACUAAAUAUUUGAUGGGUACAUUUUUGCUCUUAAAUUUGUUAGCAGAUCUGGACUUUUCUAGAUGAUUCACUCUCACUUUCAUAUUGUCUUUAUCACUGUUGUUUCCCCCCAUUUUCUCCAACACACACUGGAGGAGUCCCUUUUUUAAUAAAUGUAUUACUCACUCCAUAGUAUAAACAAACAGAAUUCCAACUUGAUCUAGUGACAAGCAAACAAAGACUGAAUUCCCUUCGACCUUCAGGCACAGAAGUCCCUAGUGACACUGUGUGCACAGUUUGUACAAAUGUUAGUGUGACUAAGUGUGGGCACGUGCCUUUGUGUGCCGUGGGUGUGCAUGUGGAGGAAGAAGAGACUAUGGCAUGUGCCUAUGUGAGUCUGCACAAGAUGUGUGUAUGCUCAAGACGUGUGCCUGUGGGCUGUGUGGACAGCGUAGUGUGUUGGGGCCCAGGCUGUGAAUGACCAGGCAUGACUGGAGCAUUCACAUCAGUGCUGAUGGGCACUAGGAGUGCUGGAGAUGACAGCCACUGAAUUUCCUUUUUUUGUCCCUUAGUGAAGAAUAUGAGACGGGGUGGAUGCUGAGUGAAGACACUGUUGCCUCUGCUAUGGAGUCAGGUACCUGUGUGAUGCUCCCGCUGGUUUCCUGUCACCACUCGCUGCAGCUCUGGACCCUCCUGCUCCUGGCCUUAACAUGCUCUUCACACGGCGUCUGGUCUCUUCGCUCCCGAAGCCCCCUUGCUCCCCGGCCACUCUGUGCCCGGCGCAGCCCCUCGGCUGCCAGGCCUGUUUGCAUCUGGGACAAGAUCUCACCCCCAGAGAGAGACUCGCGCUUCAUCACACUGCGCCAGCGAUUUCUGACCCCAAAGGAGGGGGAGCUGCGUCAUGCCAUGCGGCUGAGGCGCCAGGCCCCAGGAGCCCGGCCUGCCACCCCCUCUGGGUUUGAGGAGGGGCUGCCUUCAUCCCAGUACCCCUGGGCCAUCGUAUGGGGUCCCACAGUGUCAGAUGAGGAUGGAGGUGACACCAACUCAGCCAAUCCUGGCUUCCCGCCUCUGGGUUACACCUUUGUUUCACCACAUGGGAUGGCAACGGCACAACCCAACUCCCAUUCGCUGCUGCACAAUGCGGGGCUCAACCUGCGGGAGACGCCCGCUACACUGAGACCCUUUUUAUUCGGGCCCCGGGGAGAAGGUGUGGAUCCUCAGCUCUAUGUUACCAUCACAAUCUCCAUCAUUAUUGUCCUAGUCGCCACCGGGAUCAUCUUCAAGUUCUGCUGGGACCGUAAUCAGAAGCGGCGGCGUCACUCUGGGCAGCAGAGUGGAGUGCGGCAACAGGAGAGUCAGCAGCCACUCACAGACCUGUCGCCCACCACAGUCAGCAUCCUGGGACCCUACGGAGACACCCUGGUCCCAACCCCUGAGAUGGAGGAGCCCAGGCAGGUCCAGGAGGGUGUAGAGAAACUGGGGGGCCAGGGGAAAAGCAGGACCUUCCAGCUCAACCGGAUCCCCUUGGUAAAUCUGUGAGACUCGUGGCGCCUGCUUCCACGACCCUUCUGCCGCACCCAGAGAGCGUCCUCGCCUGUUGCCUCUGCUACAUCAGGAACCAGCUACUUGUGCCACAACUUCCCAUUACCACAAUUACCUUAACUGUCCCCAGAUGUGCUCAGGCAAUGGACAGGCGGUGCCUCACUGGCCUCAUGCUGGAGGGGGAGAGGAAGCAUGGGGAUGACAAGAGAGUGGUGUCGGGGGGUGCAAGAGCAGUCAGUGUUGUGAAAUGUUAACCUCCUGACCCUUCCCCAACACACACACAUGCACUUUGGUCUUGGAGAACAACCUGCCAGUGCAUGCCUACCAUGGGGGUAGGGGAGGUGGAGAGGCAAGGGCCUACCCCCAGUCCCAGCCACUCUGUGUGUUCCUUCCUGUGUCGUGUGCUUUGAAGUGUCUUCCGAGGAAGUGGAGCCCACUGAUUGCAGAGUUCCCAGCCUUAGGCAGGGAUUCCAAUGGGCUGGGGGGGGAGUCUUCUGCUAAGGACCCAGGAGCUGGCAACAGCUACUGGUGGUGCUGGGAAGAGCUCACUCAGCUCCUGCCCCCUCCCCUUGGGGAACCUUGUCGCUCCUUCUGUCAGUCCUGUCUUCUUGUUUUCUCUGUCUCCCAGUGCUUCUCCUUCUCGCUUCUUUCUCUGCCUCUUCCUCUGUAUCCCGCUCAGCAUCAUCUGCUCUCUCUCGCUGGGGCUGGCUGCAGAAUAGCUUCCAUGCUCAGCACUUGGAUCUUUUGGACCCCCCUGACCAAGGUUUGGUCCCCCACUCCAAGGUGAUGUUUCCCAAAAGCUGAAGGCAAAAUCCUCUGGCCAUUUUCUAGCACAGCAAGUAUGAAAAACAAUCAGAAGCAAGGUAACUGCCCUGUGUGUAACCCUGAGCAAGUCUUUUAUAGUCAGGGCUACAGCAAAGGAGCUGAAGUACAAUAUAUGGGUGUGGGUGGCUGCACAGAACCUUUGCUGGGAACUGUGGGAUUGGCUAGGCAAGGGGAAAAGUGGCUUGCAUUUAGCAAAGGUCCACUAGAAGGCUCAGCUGGAAGAAGCAUUCCAAAUGGGGCGAGGAAAGGCCAGUGAAGGCAGGGAGGGACUGAUGGCAGAGAAGACAAAGAACCCACUCAUCCCAUAUGCCAAAAGAGAGCAGUUCAUAAGCCACACAUGAGAGUGUUGUGAGGGUGCAGACUGUGCACAGGAGAGACCAAGAGAGAAGGGCAGGCAGAAGUGGGAUAUUCAUGGGUGAGCAGGGUGAGGUUGAAUACCGAGGACACAAUGGCUAUGUUGUCUCUGCCAGAAAAUAUGUGUUGGCAUGAUCCUAGAGGAAACAAAGUUCUGGAUUCUCUGCCAUGAUGGAGUUAGUUGAUGUCAACUAUUGGUUGGGGGAAUAGCUCGGGAUGUAAGUGACUAGUCACUUCUCUGAGGGAGCAGGAGCUGGUGCUGGGGGGAGCUAGCUUAAAAGUCACGGGCUGGGGAGGCAGAGGUGCAGGGGGGACUGGGCGCGAGCCAGGACUCAGCUGUCGCAGUUCAUGCCCAGUCCCCCACAGUGCUCUUACUACAUUUAAAAAGUAGAGGCACAGUGUCUGGGACCAGACACGAGCCAGGGCAGCUGAGUCCCGGAUCAUGCCUGGUCGCCUGCUGCACCUCUGCUUUUUAAAUGAGCUGCUCUUACUACAUUAAAAGACAGAGAUGCAGCAGGGCUAGCUCACGGGGCCGGGAGCUAACUCCACUGCAGGUCUGCAGCCCCCCCCC